AUGAGCCCUAAUGUUUACGACAAACAACAAGAAGGUUUCCGAGAUAAUGUAGCCUCUUCGGAGGAGCAAAAUUACCAUUCUACUCAUAAUCGGAGUGCAACCGACAAUCCAAACCAAAAUCAUGACCAUCAUUAUGAUGAACACAGCCAAAACAUGCCUGAAGAAACGAUUCAAGAUGGCUUUAGUUUUGGAAGGGAAUAUUCAUCAUUUACCUCGCAUCAACCUGUGCUAACUAAUACUAUUCCAAAUCAAACUAAAAAUAACAGAAGUAUCAAAGAAGUUACUACAUCACCAUCGUCAUCACACGCCCAACUCGGAAACAAUAGUAAUGAUGAUAAACUACAUAAUGAAGUAGAAAUUGAGGAAGAAAUUGAGUUGAGGGAUUUCAACGAUGAUUCCACUCCAAGACAACACUAUGGAGGAUAUCAGGCGCACAACAACAACAACUUAUCAGCUCCUUCCGAAAGCGCUUUUGAGAGCGAAUCACUUGUUGAAGAAGGAGAGCAUGAACAAUUAUUCAAGCAACUUCGAGAAGAACAACAACAACGUAAACAAGAAUUACGUAAAAAGACUUCAUGGGGUACCAUGCUGAAGGAAACAUUCAAAGUCUUUUUACCCUUAGGUUGUACAACCUUUGUGGGAGGUAUUGCCGUGGUACAGAAAAUGUUUGUUGAUCAAAAGAAGUGGCUUACUGAGAAUGAAUUUAUGGAGAUUUAUGCAUUGAGCCAAAGCUUACCUGGUCCAAUCAUUAGUCAAGUUGUUUUUUCAAUCGCCAUGCUUCGAUUUGGUUUUUGGAGUGGAUUUUUAUCGAACAUUCUUUUUUGUGGUCCUGGUUUAUUGGGAUGUUUAUUGUUUGGUUGGUUAAUGGCAGAUGUAAAUAUUGAUGAAAACUCGCCACGUUGGCUUUUAAAUUUACAAUUCGGUUUGGCCACUUCAGGAAUUGCUUUUGCUGUAUCAUCGGCUUGGAGAAUGGCUGGCAUGUUAACUAAAAUGAAGAGUCAAGUAUUUCCUUAUAUAUUGGCAGGAUCUGUUGCCAUUACCACCAUGAUUUAUAGGUCCAUGUGGCUAUUACCAGCUCUAAUUGGAUUGGGUGCUGUUAUUAGCUGCAUUUAUUUGAAAAUGGAGGCUUUCAUUAUUAAGAGAAUAGAGGAUUAUCAUAUCAAAGAACAAGCAGUUGGAGCUGCAACGUUUGAGGAUGAAACAAUGACCAUGAAACAAAAACUGAAAUUUCUUUGGAUACUUUUGCGAAGUUUCGUUAAACCAAAACCAUCAGUGAUUGUGAACAAUCAGGUCACAGAAGAACCUUCUGCGACGACAAAUACUCAAGUUGAAAUUGAUGUGGAACAUGAGGAACACGCAAGAGAUGCGAAUAUGACCAAACAAGUUCGAACACAUUCUCCACUUUGGCUCGGAUUUACCAUGUUAGCCAUAUUUAUCAUGUUGUUUGUGGUCUUGUUGGUUUGUUCUGCCAUUUUCGAAAAAUACAAAAGACCUCAUGCUUCUCCCACUGGUGCUGACGUUUUCAAGGAAAGUAUUCUAGUUUUGUCUUUUUUCUAUCGAAUGGGAACUUUCAUAUUUGGCGGAGGAGUGGGUGGAAUACCCCUAUUAAGGCCAGAGAUGAUACAAAGACAAUGGAUGACCAAACAGCAAUUUAUGAAUGGUUUUGCUGUUUCGAAUGCUUUACCAGGACCCAAGUAUAAUGUCGCAGCAUAUUAUGGAGCUUCUAUUGGUGUGAAGUUUUCUACCUUUACAGUUCUUAAUAAUUCGACAUCAAAUUCUACAUUAAUUUCCAAUGUGACCAAUAUCAUGACACAAUUUGAUGCAGAUUUUUACAAUGUGACCAAUAGCACAUCAUCUGUUACUUUAACCACACAUAGGACCGCACUCUUCUUCAUAUUACCUCCCAUUCUUGGAUUAUUAUCAGGAAUUUUCUUCCAUCUUCCAGGUUAUUUGACCAUGACAGGAUUUCUUCCUCUUUGGAGAAAAAUAAGGGAAAAUAAUGUAAUCAAAAUGUCAUUGGUAGGAGUGAAUGCUGUUUGUAUUGGAUACGUCAUUUCAAAUGCCAUCGAUUUGUGGAUUGACAAUGUUGGCAUGAACCAAUAUCUUGCGGCCUGUACCAUGUUUUGCUUUUUGCUGAACCAUUUCGAUUUCUCACCUCCUAUUAUUGUACUUGCUGGUGCCGUUGUGGCCAUUGUUGGAGGUGAAAUUGGAUAUGCUAUCUUUGGAUCGUAA